AUGGCAAUAAGAAUUAGUGGUCCUAUUCUUGAUUUUAAAUCAAUUCCAUUUAAUCGAAUAUCUGAAGUUAAACGAACACAACAAAUUCUUAUGUUCUUAAUUUCUAUUGUACUUUUUGCAUGGUUAGGAAUUAUUAAUAUAAUUGUGACGUGUAUUCUUAUCGUAUCUGUUACAGUUGGAAUCGUAAUAAUAACUUCUCAACCAUCUAAAGAAGUUACUCAUCGACCAUUUACUGUAAUUCCAAUUGUUACAAGUUUGAUAUGUGUUAUUCUUGAUGCAAUUAUCAUUAUAUUUUCAUUUAAAUUAUCAUAUUUAAUUAUGAAAAAUACAAAAUCAAACAAUCAUGAACGAAUUUAA